AUGACGCGUCUUCCAUACUCGAUCCCACAGGCCCCACCCGCACCUUCUCAGUCCGCGGGAAGCCUUUCAGCGUUGCUGCUGCUAGGCUGUCGGCAGCAGCUGCAGCCGACAGCGCCGGUGCUGGCGGUGGGGAUUGAAUCUACCCUGCAAAGCGCCAUGGCAAACGAGUCAGCCUUGAUCGCUUGCCUGGCGCCUUGGCGUGUAUGCUCUCCACUGAACGUUUCCUUCUCCACCCCACCUCCCCCCUGUUCCCACGUCCGCAACCCCCACUGCCCCCCUUCCCACGGCCACUCUCCUCGUGCUCGACGCCGCUACUACCCGCAUGAAGGCAUGGUUCCCGCACAGUCUCGACCAGUCAUGGUGGGAGGCGGGUUGUCGACCAACCAGGUAGUCAGCCCCUGGGGAUUGGGGGUCGGCGACUGGUCGCCGCCUGCUGUGAAGCCCGGAGACCUGCUCGUGUUCAGGAUUCUCCCCACUUAUGUGCGCCUCUCCUCCGCCCCCAUCCCUCCUCCGCCCCCAUCCCUCCCCCGCCUCCAUCCCUCCCCCGCCCCCUUCCCUCCCCGCGUGCAGAAGAUGGUGUGGGUGGGGGGUAACAACGGCCGGUGGCUGUCUCCAUGGGGCUUUGGAAUGAAGGACUGGAAGGCACCCAAGGUGUUGCCUGGCGACCUGCUAGUGUUCCAGUGGUCGGGCGAGGUACACUCGGUGCACAAGGUUGACGCGGCAGAUUUCACUGCAUGCACGUUCUUGAACGCGAAGACGCUCGCGCGCAAUCGUAACUACGGAAUGUACAUCUACAAGGUGGUCGGCAAGGACUACGGCAAUACCAUUUAUUUCAGCAGCAAAGCCAACAGUGACUGUAGCGAUGGAAUCAAGGCGUCAUUUGUUGUUGGAUAG